AUGAUUAGUUUGCCGGAAAUUCAUCCUUUAAAACAGCUGUCGAAUUCAGCGUUAAUGGCCUUAGAAGAAACACCAUUUGAUUCUCCAGGAAACGUGUCACUAAACAAGAACUCAAAACCAGUUUCUGAAAACUCAACAGGAUUUUGCGAAUGCAAUAUAUGUUUAGAUUCUGCAAGAGACCCUGUGGUUACCCUAUGUGGCCACCUCUACUGUUGGCCUUGUAUUUACAAAUGGCUCCAUGUCCAAGCAACCUCCACUCUUGAAUCCGAUAAACAACCCAAAUGCCCUGUUUGUAAAGCUCACAUCUCCAACUCAUCUUUAGUUCCACUCUACGGACGUGGCAAUUCCAAUCCCAAUCCCAAUUCCAAUUCCAAUUCCGAUUCCGAUUCACCAUCAUCGGAAUCGGAAUCGAAAAGCGAACAACAAUCGGAGUUAGUCAUACCUAGUAGACCAUCAGCACCUGGCGGGGCAAUUUUGCAUCUGAAUCAACAGAUCAAUCCCCAUCCGGUGCCUUUUCAGUCACAGUCACAGUUUCAGCCUCAGCAGCAUAUUGUGAAUCACCCACAUCCGUUUGGAGGGUAUACUUUUGGGCCAUCUAAUUUUAAUGGGCCAAUGACGCCCACUACUGGCUUUUCAAACCCAUUUGUGGGAAUGGUUGGGGAGAUGGUUUGUGCGAUGAUAUUCCGUAGUUCUGAUUCCGGGUUUUUGGCGGCUUAUCCAUACGGGUCGUACCAGAAUCCGUAUCCGGCUUCAGGUACCACAAGUCCACGGAUUGUUGAACAUUCUUCCACGAAAAUCGACGAUUCCUCAACUUCUUCAAAUAUUCAAGUUUUGUUAACGAAGGAACAAAACACCUUUAUUUGCUAUGAUUUUAUGACUUCAGGCUUGAUUUUCAUUUAUUACGCCUUUGAUUUUAGGAGCCAAUAG